AGUCGAUGCAACAUGGAAAUACUGGCGUCCUAUCAUCUCGAGCUUCCUUCAUCUAUCCCUUGUAGUAUUCUUGAAUCAAUCUAGCAUAAUGUAGAACUUGGAACCUUGUCCUUCUCUGUCAUCUCAUCAAGUACUUGCAUUGCUUUGUCUACAUUACCCCUCUACAUGUAGGUGUAGAGUCAUAAGAGUGAUCUGACAGCUUCAGGAAACCAGUUUUUCGAUUAGUUGAGAAACUCACCAACAUUGUUAUUCUUCGAUCCUCAAGCACUCAACUUCCACUAAAACCACCUCUACCCUCAAGCAUAAGCUCGAAGAUCUGUACUCCCUCAUGACACGUGACAAAAUCCCAACGAACACCAGCACUCUUGGAAUCAAUCUCUUUAGAGUGGCAGAACCUAAAAUUAGAGCAUUGUAGGUGUCAAUAAGAUCACUGAAGGUAUAGUAACAUGGAGCUUGGAUCCCUUGCCAGCAUUCUCAUUCAUCAAGAUCCUAGCUCUACCAACUUUUGCAAAGAGCAUGAAUCAAAGCGUUUUUACAUACAAUACAUGAACCUUGAAACCAGUUUCCAUCAUCCUUCAAAACUUCCCAACAUUAUCAAGUCAUCCAUAAACCAUAAACAUUACUAAUAAAAAUCCCUUCUUUGACAAAAGGCUGUUAUCCUCGAAUCUUCUUCUUCUUCUCUCUCUUAUUGGAUGUAUAAACGAGAGGUGGAGCACAGCUGCCUUAGCCUUCUUCAACUAUGCAAUUCUUACUCAAAACUCACUCAAAUUCAUGCAAGAAUUCUCAAGCUCGGUUUGCUCAACAACCCUUUCGUCCUCACCAAAUUCACCUCCAUUUCUUCAGCUCUAAACGCAAUCCAUUAUGCCUGUUCUCUCAUCUUCUCCCCUGAAGCACACCCGUAUAACCAUGACGCCUUCCUUUUCAACACCAUUAUCGAAGCUUUUGCACAAUCCACUCAAUUUAAGCGCACCAGCAUAUUUUACUACAACAAAAUGCUUACACAUUGCUUCAAACCAAAUAACUACACCUUCCCUUUCGUCUUCAAGGCUUGUGCCGGCAUUCGCGACUUCCAUCUUGGCAAAUCCGUCCAGGGCUCGGUUUUGAAACUCGGAUUUCAUGGCGAAUCGCAUGUUGUCAACGCAAUGCUUCACAUGUAUUGCUGUUGUGAAGAUGGGAUUCAGUUUGCAGAGAAGGUGUUCGAGGAAAUGCCUAAGAGAAAUUCUGUCCCUUGGAGCACGAUGAUGGGCGGGUAUGUGAGGAGGGGAAUGUCUGCUGAAGCUAUCAACUUGUUCAGAGCGAUGCAGACUGCGGGGGUGAGGCCGGAUGAGAUCACUAUGGUGAUGGUGUUAUCGGCCUGUGCUGACCUCGGAGCCCUUGAGCUCGGGAGGUGGGUGGAAUUAUACGUCGAGAGGGAGAAGCUUGAGAUGAGAGAGAAGCUCUGCAAUGCCUUGAUAGACAUGUUUGCUAAAUGUGGUGAUGUUGAUAGUGCAUUGAGGCUGUUCAACAACAUGCCUCUAAGUAAAAGGAGUAUUGUUUCUUGGACUUGUGUGAUUUCCGGCAUGGCAUUGCACGGGCGUGGUUUGGAGGCCGUUGCCCUCUUUGAGGAGAUGAGACGAGCCGGGGUUGUCCCUGACAGUGUUGCAUUCUUGUGCUUGCUCACUGCUUGCAGCCACUCUGGUUUAGUCGAGGAGGGGAAGCAUUAUUUCAAUUCAAUGGAGAAAGAUUUCGCCAUUGCUCCAAAAAUAGAGCACUACGGAUGUAUGGUGGAUCUGCUAAGCAGGGCCGGAUUAGCUGAACAAGCUCUCGAGUUUAUAAACACAAUGCCAAUGGCGCCAAAUCCAGUCAUAUGGCGAACUUUGGUAUCUUCGUCUCAUGCUCAAGCUCAUCUCCUUCUUGGUGAAAGAGUCACCACGGAUCUCAUCAAGGCCGAGCCUAUGCAAGAGGCGAACUAUGUGAUGCUCGCGUCCAUCUAUGCCAAGCUCUCGGAUUGGAAAAGGAAAACCAGAGUUAGGGAAGCAAUGAGGAAGAAAGGGAUCAAGAAAAUCCCGGGAAGCACCAUGAUUGAGCUCGGUGAUGGGAUUUACGAGUUUGUAGCUGGCGAUAAAUCUCAAAAAGAGCACUCCCAGAUUUAUGAGAUGGUGGAGGAGAUGGAGAGGAAGAUGAGAGCUGCAGGAUACGUUUCUACAACGACUAAUGUGUUGCUCGACAUUGAGGAAGAAGAUAAAGAGGGUGCUCUGAAUAAGCAUAGUGAGAAGCUGGCCAUUGCAUUUGCGCUGCUUAAAACUAGUCCGAGAUCGACUAUUCGGAUAGUGAAGAAUCUGCGGGUUUGUGUGGAUUGUCACAAUGCUACUAAACUCAUAUCUCUCAUAUAUAAUAGACAGAUAGUAGUAAGAGAUAGGAACAGGUUUCAUCACUUUAAAGAUGGAUUCUGCUCCUGCAAAGAUUUCUGGUAA